AUGUUAAUUUCUCUUUCUCAUUUGUCGUACAGAGUGUGUGACUGGAUUUUCAUUCUUCCUGCUCUUUGUGACAUAGCCGGUUCUACGUUGCAGGGUAAGUUUCAUAAUCGACUGAGCUUGGUAGGUAUUGGCCUAAUGUACAUCGAUGCAUCUGUCUGGCAGAUGCUUCGCGGUUCGAUAAUAGUCUUCGCUGGCAUUCUUUCCGUGGUCUUUUUAAAGCGUAGGCUCCUCUACUUUCAAUGGGUCGGUAUGCUGGUAACCGUAUGUGGGUUGGCACUAGUUGGAGCCGCUUCUCUCUUUGAGCCUUCAGCCGAAACUUUUAUUACUUCACCUGCUCACGCAGCGCUUGGCGUAUUCCUGGUUCUAUUGGGCAGCUUUGCUACUGCUUCACAAAUUAUCGUUGAAGAGGUGUUUUUGAAAAAGAAGAAUUACCUCCCCCUUCACGUCGUUGGUAUGGAGGGGUUUUUUGGCGUUUUUGUAAUGGGCUUCAUUAUUUUGCCAAUCAUCCACCACUCCCCGGGCGCUGAUCUAAAUGGCUCGUUCGAGAACCAGUUGGACGCCAUUUUCCAGACGAUGCAAAGCCCAGCCCUUCUUUUUACGUCCAUCCUUCUUAUCCUCUCGAUCGCAUUCUUCAACUACUUUGGGCUUGCUAUUACUCAUCACCUAUCGGCUGUUCACAGAAGUCUUCUUGAUGCACUACGUUCAAUUUUUAUCUGGAUCACCAGCAUUUUCCUCUUCUAUGUCGUUGGACACCAGUACGGUGAGCCUUUUCACUCUGGCUGGAGCCUAGUCGAAAUCGAUGGAUUCGCCCUGCUUGUUAUGGGCACUCUGAUAUUCAAUAAAACUCUGCGCUUGGACUGUCUUCCCUGUGCGCCCCCCUACUCUGCAGACACUCCAACCACACGGGAAGAAACCUCAAGUGUUGAUUCUCUAACAGCCCAUGAAGGUAGCCCGUUGCUAGGCUCACAGUUACCAACGUCUGCAGGCACGUUUGACGCCCCAACCUCUCAAGUCGUUAGUGUCAAUGCGUAA